AUGGCUCUAAAAGGACAAGAAGACUAUAUUUAUCUUUUCAAGGAUUCAGCUCAUCCAGUGGAUAUUCUGGAUGCCUUCAGAACAUUUUACGUGGAUGGAUUAUUUACUGAUAUUACCCUGCAGUGUCCUUCUGGUAUCAUCUUCCAUUGUCACCGAGCAGUUUUAGCCGCUUGCAGCAAUUAUUUUAAGGCCAUGUUCACAGCUGAUAUGAAAGAAAAAUUUAAAAAUAAAAUAAAGAUCUCUGGCAUCCACCAUGAUAUUUUGGAAGCCCUGGUAAAUUAUGCAUACACUUCCCAAAUUGAAAUUACUAAAAGAAAUGUUCAAAGCCUGCUCGAAGCAGCUGAUCUGCUCCAGUUCCUUUCCGUAAAGAAAGCUUGCGAGCAGUUUUUGGUAAGGCACCUGGAUAUUGAUAAUUGUAUUGGCAUGCACUCCUUUGCAGAGUUUCAUGUAUGUCCGGAGCUAGAGAAGGAAUCGCGAAGAAUUCUGUGUUCAAGGUUUAAGGACGUUUGGCAACAAGAAGAAUUUCUAGAAAUCAGCCUUGAAAAGUUUCUUUUUAUCUUGUCCAGAAAGAAUCUCAGUGUUUGGAAAGAAGAGGCUAUAAUAGAGCCAGUUAUUAAGUGGACAGCUCACGAUAUAGAAAAUCGAAUUGAAUGCCUGUAUAACCUACUAAGCUAUAUCAAUAUGGACAUAGAUCCAAUGUAUUUGAAAACAGCUUUAAGCCUUCAAAGAAGCUGCUUACUCACCGAAAAUAAGAUUCGAUCACUCAUAUACAAUGCUUUGAAUCCUAUGCAGAAGGAGAUUUCCCAGAGGUCCACAGCCACAAUGUAUAUAAUUGGAGGCUAUUAUUGGCAUCCUUUAUCAGAGGUCCACAUAUGGGAUCCUAUGACCAAUGUUUGGAUUCAGGGAGCAGAGAUACCAGAUUAUACUAGGGAGAGCUAUGGUGUCACAUGCCUGGGACCCAACAUUUAUGUGACUGGGGGUUACAGGACAGAUAAUAUCGAAGCUCUCGACACGGUAUGGAUCUAUAACAGUGAAAAUGAUGAAUGGACAGAAGGUUUGCCGAUGCUCAAUGCCAGGUAUUACCACUGUGCUGUCACCUUGGGUGGCUGUGUCUAUGCUCUAGGCGGUUAUAGGAAAGGGGCCCCCGCAGAAGAAGCUGAGUUCUAUGAUCCCUUAAAAGAGAAGUGGAUUCCAAUUGCCAAUAUGAUAAAAGGUGUGGGGAAUGCUACUGCCUGUGUCUUACAUGAAGUUAUCUACGUCAUUGGAGGUCACUGUGGCUACAGAGGAAGCUGCACUUAUGACAAAGUCCAGAGCUACAAUUCAGACAUCAACGAGUGGAGUCUCAUCACCUCUAGUCCACAUCCAGAAUAUGGCUUAUGUUCAGUCCCAUUUGAAAACAAACUCUAUCUCGUCGGUGGACAAACUACAAUCACGGAAUGCUAUGAUCCUGAACAGAACGAAUGGCAAGAGAUUGCUUCCAUGAUGGAAAGGAGAAUGGAGUGUGGGGCUGUCAUCAUGAAUGGCUGCAUGUAUGUUACCGGGGGUUACUCGUACUCGAAGGGAACAUACCUUCAAAGCAUUGAAAAAUAUGAUCCAGAUCUUAAUAAGUGGGAAAUAGUCGGUAAUCUCCCAAGUGCCAUGCGGUCCCAUGGAUGUGUUUGUAUAUAUAAUGUUUGAUUAACUCCAUGGAAAUGACCAAGUAAUAACUGUCUGGGUAUAGCAAACAAGAAUGCAGGGUUUGGAGUUCUUGUUAUUGUGGUUUGGUACAUGACAGGUAAAUUCUCUUUCCUUAUCACUGAUCCCUUCCCCUGAGCUAAAUACAAUGAUUAAUGGUCAAGAACAUUUUUAGUAUAUCUGUAUUUGAAUCAGUGGAGUUAACACUGAUCUCUGCUUUUCCAAGUUGAUAAUGUUGAAUUGUUGUUUAAAAGGGUAAAUGCAUGAGGUUGUUCAUGUCUGCACUUAUAAUAGGAAAUGGAAAUAAUAUGCAUGUCAUGGAAGAAAGUGAGCUAAUAUAGUGAGAUAUUGUAUUCCUGUUAGAAUUUGGAAGACUAUAGAAACAUGGGUAUGUUGUGAUGAGUAAAUAAGUCUAAAACUAAAAUGGCAUGUACACCAUUAUUGUGGCUUAACCCUUUUGCAUGUGGAAGGUAACAGGCAAAACCAAAAUUCACUGUUGGUGUAUUGUGUCAUGGAAUGCCUUUUAAUUUAUUUAGAUGUUUUUCCUUUGUGGUACUUUGUGUUUUCAAUUAAAAUAAACAAGUCACUA